GGUGCUUAAAAACCCUAAAAAGAAAAGCUUACCUCUUUCUCUUCUAUCGGCCGCUGCAGAGGUUGAGGAGAUCUGUUCCUUUGCUACAGAGAAAUGGCCCCCAAAAGAGGUGUAAAGACCCCAGUUGCAACCAAGAAGAAGCCUGAGAAGGUUGUUAAUCCUUUGUUUGAGAAGCGGCCAAAGCAGUUUGGGAUUGGGGGAGCACUACCACCAAAAAAGGAUUUGCAUAGAUUUGUCAAAUGGCCGAAGGUUGUUCGCAUUCAGAGACAACGGAGGAUUUUGAAGCAACGGUUGAAGGUUCCACCUGCAGUAAACCAAUUCACAAAAACACUUGACAAGAACCUUGCUACAAAUCUGUUUAAGAUGCUGCUCAAGUAUAGACCAGAGGAUAAGGCUGCUAAGAAGGAAAGGCUCCUUAAAAGGGCACAAGCUGAAGCUGAGGGGAAGACUGUAGAGUCAAAAAAGCCGAUUGUUGUCAAAUAUGGUCUUAACCACAUUACUUACCUCAUUGAACAGAACAAGGCUCAGUUGGUGGUGAUUGCUCAUGAUGUUGAUCCCAUUGAGCUUGUUGUGUGGCUGCCUGCCUUGUGCCGGAAAAUGGAGAUCCCAUAUGCAAUUGUGAAGGGGAAGGCUCGUCUUGGAGCGAUUGUGCACAAAAAAACUGCCACAGCUUUGUGUUUGACAUCUGUGAAAAACGAAGAUAAGAUGGAAUUCAGCAGGAUUGUGGAGGCAAUAAAGGCUAAUUUCAAUGAUAAGUUCGAUGAGCACCGUAAAAAGUGGGGUGGUGGCAUCAUGGGUUCCAAAUCUCUUGCCAAGACCAGAGCGAAGGAGAAAGUCUUAGCCAAGGAAGCCGCACAAAGGAUGACUUAAGUUCCGACAUUAGAGUUCCUUAGAGGUGAUUGGAGGAAGAGAGCCAUAGGAUUAGUUUCGGUACUAGCCUUUGAAUUUAUUUUUGAUUGUUGCCCUAGUAUUUUGGCAUUGGUUUUGUAGUUGUCGUCGUGCACAUUUGUUUUUUGG